UUUUUUUGUUUAUAUUUUUAAGAGAGAAAAAGCGCAUUUAAAUUUAAAUAAUCAUCAUGCACUUGAUAUUGAAAACGAUGGAAGUAAUAAGAUUUCCUCUUAAUUUCCAAUUCUAAAAGUGAAAUAACGGAAAGAAGGGAAAAUGAACAGUAAAAUAUCCAAAAAUAUUAAUAAAGCAAAAGAUAAAUACUGUAAAAUUUCCAAAUUCUCGUAAUUUAAAAAAAAAAAAAAAUAAUAAUAGAAAUAAAGACAUUCUCUAGCAAUUCUUUAUCCUAUUCUAUAUUAAAAGAAAAAAAAGAAAAAAAAAAGAAAAAAGUGAAUGGUGUUUUAGUAAUUUUUUUUGCAGGGACAGCAGCAGCAGCAACAACAAGCCACGCCAAAACAACACGUAUCAUCAGACAUCUAUACAACACACACCUAUACAACUUUAAUUGUAUUGAAUUUCGAAUUUCGAAUUUCUUUUUUUUUUUUGAUUAACUUUUCACGCCCUCUUCUUCUCUCUUUCCCCUUCCUUUUUUUUUGCGUUAAUGAACGCUUUUGCAGCUGCGUUCAGAUGUAGUGCCAAAGACAGCUGAGAAUUUCCGUGUCUUAUGUACAGGUGAGAAAGGUUACGGUUACAAGGGAUCCUGUUUCCAUCGUGUCAUUCCAAAAUUUAUGUGUCAAGGCGGCGAUUUUACUAAUAACGAUGGCACCGGUGGUAAAUCGAUUUUUGGCCCUAAAUUUGAUGAUGAAAAUUUUGAACUCAAGCAUACCGGUCCUGGUAUACUUUCGAUGGCCAAUGCCGGCCGCAAUACAAACGGAUCGCAAUUUUUCAUUUGUACGGGAAAAACCGAUUGGUUAAAUGAUGCGCAUGUGGUUUUUGGCCGAGUGGUUAAGGGUAUGCAAAUUGUUAAGAAAAUCGAAACAUUCGGCUCGGAUUCGGGCCGUACUAAGAAGAGGGUGAUUAUAGCCGAUUGCGGUGAAUUGAAAUAAAAAAAAAA